AUGGCGGCACAACUUGUUUUUGUACUCGCAGAUAACUCCGGCAACAUUCAACCUGCCGAACGACAGUUGAUUCGGCAUCAUUGCAUGCAGAAGAGGAACAAGCAGCUGGGCUCCCGUCGAUCUCGACGAGAAGAUGCGCUGGUAAAGGCAGGACAGUGGCUGAAAGCCGAAGCCGAAGCCCGGAACAAGCAUGUUCGUCGACAAAAAGCAACCCUGGCUUGUCUUCCGCCUAAGCAGGAGACGCGACAUCCGGCACAUGGGAUCGAUCCUUCACCAAUACCGGUGCCAUCCGAUUGGGCUCUCUUCACCUUUCCAAGGGAGCUUAAUGAAUUCAACCAAGGUCUACUGCAUCAAUACUUUGCCAUCAAUCCAAUUAGAGACCUGAUGUGCUCGUUUAAGCACUUUGGAAUUAAGAUCGACAUCGAUGCCGACCCAAUGUGGUGCUUCCGGUUGAUCGUAUCACAGGAAAUGUGCUUUCACGCAAUUCUGCUGCUGGCUUCAGCUUCAAACGACCUCGCAUCCCAGAAACCAUUGUCGAAGGCGUCAUACCGCCACCUGCAGCGGACUCUGCCGCUUCUAAACCAAAGACUUUCUGAUCCGAAUGCGUAUAGAGAUGAUAUGGUUCUCUACGUGAUUGGCAUUCUAGCUUCCAUGACCAUUUUCUUCAAAGAUUAUGAAUCUGCGCAAGUACAUGCUGCCGGCAUUUCAAAAAUAAUGAGACUUCGUAAGAAGUUUGCCGUGGAACCAAAACGAAAGUCCAUGAUAUUACUUUCAGUUGAUCGUUUAAACUUCUGUGGCUCUCUAGCUACCGAUCUAUGGACACCGGUGUAUAACGAAUUGAAUUGGAUCCAGCCAGCUGUGCCGGCCCAUAUUAUACGUCUCCACGCUUCGCAUAAUAUGCUCCCACUGGAUGACUACCUCGACUCGGAGUUGGCGAAUGUCUUCCGGAAUCUCCAGUACCUUAGCAUUCUCUUCAAUGAGCACUUCUGCAACAAGACACCCCUCGACGGGGCAGUUCUCUACGAAUAUCUGGAAUAUAUACAAUCCAGUCUUGUCAAUUUACUACCACGUCCGAGGGACAAUUUACGAAACUGUGUAUUCCAAGGGAUGAUGGCAUUCCUCGCAACAACCUUUCGACUGCCUGGAUCGUAUACACACCCCGGCUGCCAUAGUGCGGCAGCAAAGCUUCGAAGAUCUUAUGUUACGGCCAGGGCAUCAAUGGAGAGUUUGCCUAGAAUUGUGGAGAUCUGGUUGAUAUAUAUUUGUUUCAUGUCUACUGAAAACAUGGAUGAGGUAUUUGAUCAAAUCAUAAUUGGAACGAGAUGGGAAGUUUCAGAUCUACGACGUUCCUCAUGGGAGGAAACUCGCCUACUGCUGAAGCGAGUAAUGUGGAUAGAUGCCUUCCAUGAUAGGGUCGGAAGGAAGACUUUCGAAACAUUGACGACUCGGCCUUAA